GUUUAUUUUAUAUGGUUUUAAUCGUUUUUUUGUUGGCAUUUCGCUUUUUCAUCUUGUCGAAUUCAACACCACCUUUUUCAUUUAUUAAAAGAAAACAAUUCGCAUAACUGGGCACUAAAAUGCGGCAUUCUCACGACGCGCAGGGCAGCAGCAGCGGCAGCGGUAUCAACGGACUACUCAAUUUAUCCGACAGCAUCAGCGACUCACCACAGUUCCGCACUACCCUGCGCAGUUUUGAAGACUACAGCAGCACACUAGAGUCGCACAUCCAGGGGCUCGGCAAAGCAUGCAAAGCCCUCCAGCAGGUGUCGCAAGACUACAGCAGCAGUGCUCCGCAGAAGAGCUCGCAGAGUCUGCAGACGCUUAACGAGAUUUUGGCAGAGAUUGAGCGUGGACGCGCGAUGCACGUGGAGCAACUACACAUGGUAGCUGUGCGGCCUCUGGAGGAGGAGCUAUCGGAUAGCGGCGGGGGGCUUGGGCGGGUGCGACAGGGGCGGAAGCGCGUAGACGUGCUGCAGGCCGAGUACGAGUCGCAGCUCGGGCGUUUAAUGGCGCGCAAGCCCAGCGAUCCGCAGCCGCAAAUCGACGCCGCCGAGGCCGCUGUAGAAUCCGCCAAGGGGGCGUACAUUGCACAGGUGCAGAGGCUGGCCAUGGACUUGAGCCGCCUGGCAUCGGUGGCGCGGAUCGACCUUAUGGAGGGGUUUCUGUCCACUGUUUAUGCGCAAUACGCCGGCCAUCAUCAGGCCUUUGCUGCCUUGAGGGGUGCUGAGCCGACUAUGCAGGCGCUGGGGGCGGCGCUGGCGAGGGAGCGCAAGGCGGCGGCGGCGGAGAUGGAGGAGGCGCAGGCGGUGGCAGCCGCUACGCAGCAGAUGUACGCAGCCAGCUGCUCGUCUAGUACUGGCCGCAGCAGCGGCAGCGGCAGCGGAUAUGUGCGCGUGGGCCAGAACGAAGAGGAAGAGGGCGAGGGCGAGGGCCAGGGUGAGGGCCAGGGCCAAGGUCAGGGCUACAGCCAAGGCCAAGGCCAAGACCAGGGCCAGGGCCAGGGCCAGGGCCAGGGCCAAGGGGACACAGGGGGCGGGCAGCCGACAGUAGUUGCGCCCCACCGGCCCCUGGUACCGUCACUGGCGCUUGCACCCAACGAGCAGAUGGCCGGCUACCUGUUCCUGCGCAGCCAAUACUCCCUGCUGUCCUCAUGGCAGCGCCGGUGGUUCUGCGUAUCCAGCGGGCAGCUGACGCACUUCCAGCGCGACACGCCGCGCGACCGCGAGUCAAUCCCCCUGCACCUAUGCCUGGCGCGCACAGGCUCGGGCGCCGCUGCGGCACUGGACCGCCGCCAUGUGUUCGAGCUGGUGGCACCCAACCGCACGUACAUUCUGCAGGCAGAGUCCGCCCACGACUUGCUUGCGUGGCACAGCUGCUUGCGCCAGGCCAUCGAGGCCUCGCUGUAUGCGCAUGCGCCGGCGCACCUGGCCGUGACGCGCACGGCGUCGCAGCCAAUCGGCAGUGGGGGCGGCGGCGGCGGCAGGGGCAGUCCGCCGAUCCCGCGCGGCUCGCUCCCGCCCGCAUCCGAGGGCGCGUCGGGCGCAGCACCAGACAGCCGCGAUGCGCAGCAGAGACAGCGCAUGGCUGAGCUCGCCGGCGUCGACGGCAACGACCAAUGCGUGGACUGCGGCGGCCCGAGCCCCGAGUGGGCAGCGACAACCGUCGGGGCUCUGCUGUGCAUCGAGUGCUCCGGCAUCCACCGCAGUCUGGGCGUGCACGUGUCGAAGGUGCGCUCGGUCAAGCUGGACAACUGGGAGCCUGAGCUGCUGCACAUUAUGCGGCGCCUGGGCAACCGCCGAGUCAACCUCAUCUACGAGGCGCGCAGGCCCUCCUUGGACGAGCCCCGGAGGCCCAGGGCUGCCAGCGCCCGUGGCGACAGGCAGCCGUUUAUCAUGCAAAAGUACGCCAACCGCCUGUUCGUCGGCAGUGCCUUGCAGGCCGGCGCGGAGCCGGAGCCGGAGCUGCUGGAGGCUGCGCGCUCUGGCGACCUGCCACGCGCCUUGCGAGCACUGGCGCAAGGCGCCAAUGCGAAUGCGUUUGAUUCGGCGACGGGCGCGACGCCGUUGGUCGAGGCUGUGGGCGCGGGGGACUUUGGCAUGUUGGAGCUGCUUCUGCUGUGGGGCGCGGAUCCCAACCAACGCGCACGCAUGACCGCCACGUCCUACGAUGGCUCGCCCGGCCGGAGUAUGGGCGGGACGCCGCUGCAUUGGGCGGCAAGGCUGGGCAAUGUGCGCGUUGUCUGGUAUCUUGUGCGCAGGGGUGCGCAGUGGGAUACCCCGGAUGCUUAUGGGAUGUUGCCGCUGGAUAUUGCCCUGGAGAAGUCGGAUGUUGCCGUGGUGAUGGCGCUGAGGUAUGCGGCUUUUCAAAAGAUGUCCGGGCUGAGCCCUGGAUCGGUUGCGGGCGCUGGGCGGAGGGGCGGGGCUGUGGGCGUGCCGAUGGGCGGGGGGAAUGCUGCGGCGGAGCCUGUGGACAUGCUGGACAUGGACGAUUCGUUUAUCUCCGAGUGGGUGGUUCCGCCGUACGCACACGAUGAGGGUGGGCAAGCUGAAGAGGGUGGGGGUGAAGGCAGGGGUGAGGGUGAGGGUGAUGGGGCGAAGGUGGGGGAUGAAGCCGACUACAAGGACAAGGACAAGGCUGAAGACGGGGCCGAGGUCGAGGACAAGGACAAGGACAAGGACAAGGACAAGGACGAUGAGGACGAGUUUUCCGAAUUUGCCAGCUCCGAGGCCCUUGCCCACCCCACAGACACCCCGAACUCCAAGGGUGGAUCGGUCUUUUUGGAACUUGAAGAUGAGCUUGUUUUGUCAUUAUUUUUAGACUCUGAAGACUCUGGUGAUGGUUCUGGGGAUGGUGAAGAUUUGGGGGGUUUCGUUGUUGUUUUUGAGUGCUUCUCAUCUGACGACAGCAACACUUCGGAAGGUAACGGCGAUUCCGCCAGUGUUGUGCUGGUACACGAUUUUGUCUUCUCGCUGGUUUUUGUCUUGGUCUUGGUCUUGGUCUUGGUCUUGGACUUGGACUUUGUUGCCGAAGAUGGGGCAGCUGGUGAACCCGGAUUCGCAGGUUUCCAAUGCAGUACUAUUGGUAUCCCGUGGAGUCCGUGGAAGUUGCACAUCACUUGCGCCGCUCACACUGCUCAUAGCAAUGUUAGUCUUAUCGACAGAGAAUGGUUUAGUGUGUUUGCUGUUGUUGCUGCUUUUGGUUCCAUUGUGCUUGUGACUGCCGCUGGAACCCCCUUUUCCAUGAUGGUUUUCGUCAUUUUCACAGUCUUCGCCUCCACCACCGCUAUUGUCACCACCUUCAUUUUUCUUUUUACGCAAGAAUAGUUCUGCGUUGGAUUGCCAUGAGAGUGUAAAUAGGAUGAAGAGGGUUAUGACCAAGGUGCGAGUUAAAUACAUGAAUAAGGAAUAUGAAAUAAAAAAUAGAUAAGAAAAAAAGGGAAAUAAUAUAUAUAUACGCAAAUAAAAUAGACAAAACAAUAUAUGCUAGUUUUUGCUACAUAUAUUCUAUGUUAUAUAUUGAGGAGGAAAAAACCUUACACUUUUUAUUUUCAAAUAAAUACAAGAAAAUAAAUAGUUUGGCUAAAUAAAAAUAAAGUAUAUAUAUGGACUAGUAUUUUAAACAGGAGAAAGAGAAAAGAGAGCAAAAAAUAAGAGUUUUGGAGUCUCACACUACCAUAUACUUUUUUCUCUCUCUCUUUCUCAAACCCAUUUUUUCAUCCACUCUCUAUUUUUUAUUUUUGGCUGGUUGGCUACCUUAUUAUAAAAAGCA